GACAUCUCCCUGGUAUCCCAUCCACAACAGCUGCCUUCGUGCCACCCUGCCGAGCCACAUGGCCCAACCAAGAUAUGCCUUUCGUUUCAUCACAGUGCUACUGCUGAAGCACCACCGGUCGCCGAUCAUCUUCAUCAGGCUUUCAUUUGUUACAUAAUCUUGUCACUUGAUGUAAGCGCUGAUAAGUGCAGAUAGCUAUAUCUAGUAUACUGUUUGCUUGCAAAUAAAAUAAAUAAAAAAAAACCAAUCUGUUGUGAUGAUGCACCGGCCUGAUGCCCACGGUACAAAGGUUAGUCUCAAUAACACUGGUGUCAUUUUUAUUCGCUUAUAUAGAUGAUGUAAUAUGUCCCUUCCUGUAUGCAUGUGUCAUUCUCGGUCAGUCUGUGCAACAAUUAAUAGGUGAAAUCAUGGCGAAGGCAUCUAAAUUGCAAGCUAGGCGUCAGGUUACGAGAGUGUCAAAGCAAAACGAAUGUGGAUGGGGAAUUGUUGUGCUCAUUGCUGCCCACGUCGGCAUGGCAUCGACUGGUAUCCUGCGAUGCAUUGGGAUCCUGUAUCUUCCCUGGAUGAAUGAGUUCGACGCCAGUGCCAAGGAGACGGCGGCUAUUCAAAGUUUCAUGUCAUCCCCAGCAUGCUUCGCAGUUCUCAUUGGAGGAGUUCUAAGCAACCGCUUCGGUUGUAGAUUUACGGGCAUAUUAGGAGGGUUCUUGAUGUGGCUUGGUCUCUUCUGUACCUAUUGGGUCAACGACAUAGUUCAGCUCUACGCCACUGCUGUCAUAAUAGGUAUUGGAAUGGGCAUUCUCAUGAACGCUUCAAGCGUAAUUAUCACGUUUUAUUUCAUAAAGAGAUUCAAUGUGGCCAACGCAGUUACCUACGCCGGACGUGGGAUGGGCACGAUGGCUAUCCCUCCGCUUUUCCAACUUUUGCUGGAUACUUACGGUUGGAGGGGUGCUUGUUUAGUCAUAUCCGCAAUCAUGGCAAACAUGAUACUGUGUGGAGUGCUUUUCCGACAUCGUCAGCUCGGCCAUGAACUUAACAUAACCGAGUCUUCAACAAGUUCACAAGAGGAACUGAGACAGCAGCCCUCGGGUGAAAAAGGCAACGAUGCUGACGAUAACGAUUAUACCGAUGGAAGAACCGGUAGAGUUGCGGAUGAAACCGGGUCGUUUUCGACCGCGACACCGGUACGAUAUGCCAAUACAAGUUCUGGUGAUAAAACUUGGUACAACCGAUCUGGACGAUCAGUGGUGAAAAUUCUUAAAAGACUGUUGGACGAAAUCGGGCUGAAUAUCAUGAGGAAAAGCUUGCGUUUUUCCCUGGUUUGUGUCAUCUCGUUGUUGUAUAGCUAUGGCUAUGUGGCAUUUCCAAUGUUCCUCAUCACGCGCGCACAGACCAUUGAUGUUGCGCCCUCUAGUGCCGCAUCCUUGAUGAGCAUCCUGGGCAUAGGGAGCCUGAUUGGUUCUCUAGGAAACGCACCAAUGAUCGGCUGGAAAAUCUCAGCGGAGCACGUGAUGGCUAUUUGCGCAGGCCUAGCGGGAAUUGCGUGCCUUCUGGUUACUGCAGACGGCUAUGCCUAUCUGGCAGUGGCUUCAUUCAUUUACGGCUUCGCCUCCGGAGCUUUCUUCGCCAUUUCCAUCGUUCUCUGCCGCAGCUUUGUUGGUGUGCAACACUUCGGCCUAGGGGUCGGGCUGAUCUACGUUUUCGGUGGUACCGGCUAUCUCCUAGGACCGGUAAUAUCAGGAUGGAUCUUUGAUGCUACACGGAGCUAUGUUGCUGUGUUCUACAUGUUGACUGGAGUACACUUCUCUUGCGCAUUAAAGUGUCUACUCUUACCUCUACUGAAACGCAUAGAGCCUGGAUUAGAACCCAAAGUAUCGGAUGAAUAAAGUAUUUGAAAAGGGCCGGCUCAAUUAAUGGUGCGGCAUAGCCCCAAUACGCCAAAGUAUUUUGCAGUUUUUGAUUUUAGCAAGAAACUUCGCAUUUUGAUUCUUUAUGCCACAAAGACCAUUUUCAGAUAUAGAGGCAUUUCAUGUUGACCUCUAGUGACCUUUUGAGAGGUCAAUGAACUUUUCACACUCUUUUCAAAGCUUUUGUUCUUCAAAACUUCACUUUCCUUUGACUCAUGUCUAUGUCAUCUAUGUCAUAGGUCUUCAUACAAUAGAAAUAAUAAUCUGAUGUGGGAAGUGGGAACUAUUCAUAUCUGACCUCUGGUGACCUUUGUAAACAUGUUUAUAGCUAUUUGUUCUUUUAACCCCAUCUUUUUGAUUCAUGUCUAAAUGAAAGUACCCAUGUUUUAAAGAGAUUUUUCAUAAAUCGGCCAUUUCUUAUUCAACCUCUUGCAACCUUACGAGUGGUCAUGACCACGGAUAUUAACUAGAUGUACACGAUUAUAAAUGAUACUUUUUUUCAAGACCCAAGUCUAAAACUUAACUCUAUGUGCCAAGAAAAAAAAAUCAGAUGUGGGGACAUCAUACUUGACGUAGUGCUACCCUUGGAGCGUUCAGUGAACUUUGUAUAUAUUAGUUGUUGCUAUUUAUCAAAUUAUUCGUCAAAACGCAAUUUUUUUUGGUAACCCAAACCUCAUAAGUGCCAAAGAAAGGUAUUGUUUACAAUCACGUUAUGAAUUUAGACCCCAAAACAAUUUCGAGUUGACCUCUGAACUCGUGUUUCCUUGUUUUUUUGGCAGACGCAAUAUGAUGAGAUUGGAAUCAGAAAUCUGUGGGUCUGUUCUGUUUUGGAAAAUGUACAUUUGUCAUGCAAUAUUCUCUCUUGUGUGCUUAUUACAUCCUGCUGUAUCCAGAUGGACUUGCAUGGCCACGUUUAUAUCCUUUUUACCAAGCCCAACGGUUAAAGAGUGAUGAUUGUCUGUUGUGCCUCUUAUAUUCUGUUGCGCUUGCGUCUGCCCUAAUUAAAAAAAAAAAUGAGAUCAGAGGUCAUGCAAAACAAUUUCAUUUGGGGUCUGACUUCAUGACAUGCUGUAGAAUAAUUAUUUUAAAACAUGCAUUGUUUUGCACUCAUUAGCCUGCGGUCAUGAAAAAAAGGUGGCAAUUGGAAGAUUAAGCAUAAUAUAUAACGGCAAUCAGAGUAUUAAGGUCAUCAGAAAGUCAUCGCAAAGGUCAUUAGAUGUCAAAUAUGAAAUGUCUACAUCUCUGAAAAUACAUAUCAUCGCACGAAUACCAACAAUUUAAAUAUGGGUAAUACACAUUUGUGUUUUGAACAGUUAAUCCUCUUAUUAUCUAUAAACAGGAUUCGCAAAGUUCAUUGACCCCUUGAAGACCAUCAGAGGUCAGAUAUAAAAUUCCCUAAAUAUGAAAUUCUUUCCACCUCAAUCUUUACAUAAUUAUGGCUUGGGUCUUGAAAAAAGUUUGGAUUUAAAGGGUAAAUCGUAUAAAUAACUUUAAAUAGAGUUUGUGCAGUUAAUACAUAGGUCAUUGGCCUCUAAAAGGUCAUCAGAGGUCAAUUGCGAAAAUGUUCGCAUUUGGUCGGUAUUUACAUUGUAUGAAUACUAUACAUAGAUUUAGGUACUUGGAAAGUUAUACAUAAAGAAUAUAAAGGUCAUUGACUCGCCAAGGUCACCAGGGGUCAGAUGUGAAAUACCUCCAUAUCUUAUUUUUUGUCAUGGUAUGAAAACCUCACAUGCAAAGUUUCAUGCUGUCCCUAUGCCGCACCACUAAAUAGACCUUACGAUAUGAACAGGACAUUUUGAAUUGGCUUAAUUUGUUUACUUUAUUCAUGAAUAUACUAGAUCAAAUAAGGCCACU